UGAGUAUUGACGGGGCUGAGUUGCGACGCGGCGGCUCAUAAACCAGUCGUAUUUGAGAUUCCGACUUGUGGCACUGCUUCACCUCACUCAAUUUCCAUACACUGACGCCACGGAGGCAGAUAAUUCCCCUCAGGCAAAAUGGAGGGCCCAGUGGACGUGGAAGAAGUGAGCCUCCAAAAACGGCACCGCUCUCGCAACUUCACCAAGUACGAGAAGGAAGUCUUCUACACCGUGUUUAGUCAGUACGCCAGCAUCAUCAACGAUAAGGCGACUUCGACAGACACCAUCAGGAGUCUGGAGGCCAGGGAUGCACAGAACAACUUUCGCCCGGAAGCAUAGCGUCGUUGGCUGUAGCAAGUCGAAGUAUGAGCAACGAAGGGCGCCCUCCCCCCGGAAAUCUCCUCACGCCCCUGCUAACCGUCAUCAAGCGCGAGCGAGAGGCGUACGCGGCGGGGGAGACCACCAUCCUGCCCCUGACGCAGUACCACCCGGAAGAUGACCAAGUCAGCACGGAAUCCCGCACGAAUCAUGAGCGAGUGAACGAGGAACCUUGCGGGAACAGAGCCUUCGUAGCCUCGCACUCCCCCAACUCCUACGCGACUAACGAAGCUGAAGAUGACCCGAUGAGCCCCCUGCCGGUGGAGACGCAGCUGCACUCUGUCAGCAACUCUCCCGCGGACACCCCGACGCACGAGGAUGGCCGCUCCUGCUCGCCAGAGGACACCGCGUACUGGGAACCCGACGACAGGAGAAGAGCCAGGUUCAGAGAUGCUUCCCUGCUGGAGUCCGAUUACUCGCCCGAACCGCUUGCGUCGGAGAAGCGAGCGAGAGAAUAUCAUAGGCUGCGGAUGGCCCAGCUGCGGGACGAGGGUGCGGCCCGGCUGCGGGUGCUGGAGGCGGAGCUGGCGCUGCACAGCCAAGAGCGACACAUGCGCCAGCAGGAGCACCAAAUCAGAAUGGAAAUUCUGAUGGAGAAGCUAAAGAGAAUCAGGGAAGGUGCCCAUGUGAAGGAUUAGAUCAGUAGGUGUAGAGUAGUUAAAUCAUCGGUACACAGAAAUAAAAUUGAUUUAAAA